CAUAAAUACAUUACGAACUUACAGAGCUGACGUGCAGGGACAUCCUACCGAAAUGUGUAUGGAGGUAGCUGACUACAAUGCUAAUCGAACCGAUGUCACUGCAGCUCUAAAGCAGCUAGCAUCGGGUGUUAGUCAAAAGACAAUCGAUGAUAUCGAUGGCAUAAUUACCUGGUCAGGAUCUGGAAGUAUUGAUAUGCAGUUGGCAAUGCAACAUGUAAAGGAGCUCAACGAGUUCAAGCAUAGUGUGCUGAACGAGUUAGAAAGCAAAUUCCACACUACGUUUUCAAAACUUUCGGAUUUAGACAAGCAAGUAAGCACUAUCAAAGAACAUGUGAAUACGUUGGGACAAAAUCAAGGAGUCGGCAACAGAGAAGUGACAGCGCACAUUGAAGAAUUGAAAGGAAAUGUAGAUAUAUUACAAAGAAAGCAACAUGAACGUCAUGAAGAGUUAGGUAAACACAUGCAAGGACUACAUACCACUGCGCAGUUAUCACACCAAGAUUUGACAGAAAUAAAAGAAAAUGUGAAUACGUUGGAAAAAAAUCAAGAAGUCGGCAACAGAGAAGUGACAGCGCACAUUAAAGAAUUGAAAGGAAAUGUAGAUAUAUUACAAAGAAAUCAACAUGAACGUCAUGAAGAAUUGGGUACACAAAUGCAAGGACUACAUACCGCUGCGCAGUUAUCACACCAAGAUUUGACAGACAUAAAAGAGAUGCUGAGCGAACUCAUGGUGCAACAAAGAAGUCAACGACAGGAGGUUCAACAAGACAUAGACACAACCAUGCAUGUCGACAGUGAUACACCUGAAAAUGCAACCGAAGCCCAGGAAAUCAUCAUUAUUACAAUAAACGACAUCUUAAAACUAAUACGACCCGAGAUAAUGGAGGACAGAAAUAGCAGCGAAGCUAUAAGACAUUUAGUAAAUGAACUUCUUACUUCGGACAAUUGCAAUUAUUACGGUAUUAUAAGAGAAUUGUUACAACUUAUAAAAGACAUUGGACGAUAUGGUACCAUUCAGCAGGCUAGGAAAGGCAGCAUAACACUUACUGUUAGAUUUACUUCUUUUGACGGACUACUGAACUUUAUACAGUAUGUCAGCAGCCAAACGUUUCAGCAACGUCUCGGUGAUCUAUCUAAGGCUUUAGAUAUGGUCACGGGACAUGCGGUUACAUUAUCAGCACAUAUUGCACAAGAAAGCCUAUAUGAUUUACGAAAGUAUUUGGCAGAAAAAUGCGAAAAAAUCAGACGAACAAAAACAGUAGUGCUCCCAGUUCGGUGUUACAGCGUUGGGAGCAUAACGCACAUCCAGAAUUAUUUAGAGACAAAUUCGCAUUUGGGACGAAUGUCAGAAAUUCUGACGAAAAUUGUUGGAGGAAAGACUACAGUGACAAUGCAUGCUAAUUGUAAACGGGUCGAAGAGAAAAGCUCAGAGAGUGAGCAAAUGUCUCCUCGUUUCAAAGAAGAUGAUAAAGAAGAUAAUUUCGGACAAAGUGCUUCACGUCCGGAAGAAGAUGAUAAAGAAAAUGAUGACGCUUCGAUGCUUGAAAGAGAGUCAGAUCUACCGCCAGCAUCACAGGACAAUGAAGAGGAUAAACCAGAAGACGAAAAAGAAAUCACGCCAGGAAAUGGAAAUGGAAGUGACAAAAAUGAGAAAGACAGGCUAUCUGUGGAAAAAAGAAAGCAGUGCAGAAUCAUAUUAGACAUACCGCCAAAUGUCAGGGACAUUACAGAAGACAACAUAUAUUCCUAUGAUCGAUUUGACACUACAAAGGGAUUACUGUCUAAAUUUUUUCAGCAGUUUAAAACAUCAGGUGCGACGGAUCAACAUGACAAGGAAGACAUAUUAAAAGUGUUGGAGAAUAGUAGUCAAGGUAAAUAUGUGUCAAAACUCGACAAAACAAUGCGUACUCCCGAUUUAGAAAAAGUUAGAAAACCUAAUCAAACUGAAGAAGAUUUUUAUACACUGUUGAGGAAGUGGUUGAAAGUUUCAGAAUUUAUAGAAUGUACAAGUUUGCGGAAGACUGUGGCACAAAUAACCUUGAUGGUGCCUUUUUUCGGAACUUCGAUUUAAAUGAAUUGAAGGAAGAACCUUUCUUCCUGAGAGAUUUUGAUAUUUUCAAAGUCAGAAAGGUUAUUAAAGAUGGAUGGAGACUGAAGACCUCAACAGCAUCAAAAUAGGUCAGUUAGAAAAUGUUUAUUAUCCAAACAAAAUGUGGCAGUCUAACUAAAUGUCCGCGAAAAAGCUAAAAACAAUACUUUAAAGACCUGUGGUCAACCAUAUUUGAGCAACGUUUUAUGACAUUUGUCAUUUUUAGUGUUUUCUGAUAGAGAUUUAUUUAAGGAACAAAAGGAACCAUUUCAUAGAGUUAGAUCCCUAUUAGAAAUGUAUCUGUUUUAUUGUGUUUUACACAAUUUUGUAAGCACUCGACUCCCUUUAAUACGAAAGUACUGAAGAAGGGAACUUCUAAAUUCUGAUUUCAAUAUGAUUUUAAUUUUUAUGCCCCCGAAGGGAGGCAUAUAGUUUUCAACUGUCCGUCCGUUCGUUCGUUAGUACGUUCGUACGUUCGUUCGUUCGUCACAACGUUAACUUUUUGAAUGCAGGCACUUUACUCGCGAACCACUGCACCCAGGACCUUCAAACAUCACAUGCUGAUAGUACUUAUUGAGUACACCACCUCUUUUGACUUUGGGGUCACCAGGUCAAAGGUCAAGGUGACAGGGGCAACAUUAACUUUUUGCACGAAGGCACAUUACUCGCGAACCACUUCACCCAGGCCCUUUAAACUUCACAUGCUGAUAGUACUUAUUGAGUACACCACCCCUACUGACAUUGGGGUCACCAGGUCAAAGGUCAAGGUCACCAGGUCAAAGGUUAAGGUGCUGCUGGGGCAUUUGUCACCAUUAGUGACAGCUCUUGUUACAUUUGCAUUUGACAGAUAAUGGGAUAUUUUGACAAUUUGAACCUAAAGGCAACUAGAGUCUAGAGACUUAGGGUCGGUCUCAUUUUGUAACUAAAUGUGCACGUGAAAUAGUGAAAGGUAGUUUGUUUAAUUGUCUAGAGAAUUAAUUUCACAACGACUUAUUGCUCGCAGGCUUGAAUCUCUGUAUUCUGGCCUCCAGUAGACAUAUGUAUCUUUUGAAGGGUGCUCACAUUUCACUACAUAUUUUUAAUUUUUGACUCAUUUAGGAUGAAAACAAGGGUUUUUAUCAGUCUGGUCAUAUUUUUGUCCCAGGUCCGAUACUUGUGCUUGCGAUUGAUAAAUGUAUCUACCCACUAAUUUCAAAUACUUUAAGUUUUCUUACGCGGAACGUAACGUUUCUCUAGCAAACGUAAACAACAUCUUAUAUUGGCAAACUCAAAUUCAAACUGCGUAGAUUGCUAAAUGAAAUUUUGGUUAUAAAUAGAUAUAAUUAAUUACAACCAUUAAAAUUUGAUAACACGCACGGAGUGUUACAUUUAGCAUAACUUCUUUUCUUCAGCUGAUUAUUUUAAUUCCCAUGCAGCUCUCUUGACCAUUUGAAACUUGAACAGAAGAGGGAGAUGGGUGUCCUAACUUUAUUGACAUGCCCAAAUUGAAUACAUUGGGGUUCAACGGACAUACAUAAUGUUAUGUUGGUAUGUUUGUAUAAAAGGAGCACUCGGUCAUUGCCGUAGAAACUUGCAUACGCAAUAGAUUUGUUGGGUAUAACUACGCACUGAAACAAAUUUGGGUCAUAUGGGAACGUUCUAACUUUGCUCGCGGAGAAGACCCACGAGCCCCUCCAUUCAUUAUUUCAUUACCGUGGCGGCCACCUAGGUAGAACCAUCGACCUUCCGUAAGCAAGCUGGAUGUCUUCCUCAAAUGAAAUAAAAUCUCUUUUUUGACAGAGUAUCGCAACUGUGUGUUUACGGCGAAAUCAUUGGCUAGACUUCUUGUACCAGUAGUAAAUGUUUUAGCUGUACAUGUACAUCCAUUUUGUCUUAUUUUGAACCUAUUGCAUAGUACAUGUACUUUAAAUUGUAUGUUUACAUAAACUGUAUGUAGUAAUUGUUCAUAUUUUCAAAUGUAAAAUACGGAUCUAGUAUGCAUUUGAGAUAAAGUAUGUACCUUGUAUCCGCUCGUAUCUUUUAUGUUCAACACCCCGCACGAGGUGUCUAUUUUUUAAUAAGUGCAAACCAUCAAGCUGGUUAUGUGGACAAUUCAUGGCUUUAUCUAGGUACAAGUUCAUGACUUAAGUUAUGUCCGAAGGAGGCACUUGGAGUCUUCUUCCCAAAAAUAAACACUAGUUCUUCUGAGACAUAAACACUAACUUGUAAAAUAUUGCAAGCUUACUUUAAUUGAUCAUCUUAUUCUAAACUUUCUAAGCGUUUCAGUGUUAUCUGCAUCUUUCCCAUAACAUUAAUAUACUUGCUUCACUUGCAUUGUUCGAAUGUUUUUACUUAAUUUUGCCACCUGAGCAUUUUGGUUCUUGUGAGACAUAUAUCUUUGUGAUAUUUUUUCUAUAGAAAACUUUAACCAAGGGAUGCCCACUAUAAACAUUUGUAAACAAAAUCAUAAGACAUGGUUGUGAAAACCUUUGUAAGUUAAGUUAAAAAUAUGCGACAUUUGAAAUAAUUAUUAAAACAUUAACGACACCAGUUGUCAUGUCCGUACUCACUAUUUAUUGUUUGUUUACUUUUGGUUACAAUAAUAUUGAUCCUAUUGAUGAAAAAUGAUGAUCAUGAAAAUUUUAAACUAUAUGCAAAUAUGAUAUACAGAAAAUAAAACACUGUCAAGACCAGCUUUCAUCUGUGGAAUUGCUUCUUUGUAAGCAGUAUAUAACUUAGAAAAAAAUUAAAUAAAUAGAUGUAUUGUUCGAACGACUUGCUACUGGCUCUUCCUGGGCAGUGCCCAAUGUGUUACUUUAUCCGUUCGUUUUGUCCUCGCUGUCAGUUUUUGUAUUUGAGUGUGUGUGUGCGUGUUUCUUUUUGUUGCAUUUGUCUGUUGCUGUGUUUGCUGUGCUCCAGGAAAUUUUCAGUUACCUUCUACGUUUUACUAUUUUCUCUAUUAUGAUAAGAAACACACAAUCAGUCUAAUAUUUUGAAAACGAAUUUGAUAUCACUCAAAUAUGUUUCAAAUGAAAAGCUUUAAAUAGCCACGUAACCUCCUUAGUCUUUUCAAUUUAUUGCAUUUUAGCAUUUAAGUCUUAUCAUUUUCACUGAGCCGUAUUUGAAAUUUACGAACAGGCGUAUAGGCGUAUGGCCAGCUAUGCCCUCUGUUUGUUUUAAAAGUUUGAAAAAUAAACACUUAAACAUCAAUGCAAAAUUCAAAGUAUCGAUAUAUAAUGGAAUACUUCAUUUUUAUUUACUGGUGAAACGACCAUAUUCAAAGUCUUUUGUCAAAAUAACAUCAGUAACACAUCAAAAGGGCAAUUUCAAGUUUUUACUUAUUUUGUGUUUUAUAUAUGUUUAGUGUAUUUACAGGUGUGAUUUAAAAUGAUUUUGGUUGCCUUUAAAUUAGCCUGUAGGAGCAUUUUAGGUGUUUUGUGGUGUUAAGAUGGUCAGCCAUAGAUAAGUCUUUCCGUGUUUAAUAGUUAUACAAUUUUGUAGAAAUUAUGUGUAAUAAGUGAUAAGCUGGAAUAGAGAGAACUUGCACAUUUCAUCAUCUCUCGUCAAUAGAGUCAGUCAAACCGACUCUUCUAUCAUUUUGCAUGGUUGCGUUCUAUGCUUCGAAAGUAUCUUCUUAUAGACUUUGUUAAGGUGAUGUCACUUAAACAAUUGCUGAAAACUGUGUUCCACCUUGUUAUGUAACUGUUCUUUGAAAAUGGUGAGUUUUAAAGGCGUUUAAUGUACCCCUAUCAGCCGUUUUAUAUAUAGUUCGUUAGUCGAUCGUAUAGUGGAUUUUAUUUAGUACAUACAAACAUGAGGUACAAAGUUCUUUAAAUAUGAUUUAUUCAUUCCAAAUCCCGAAAUUAUCCUGAAUUAAUUAAUACAUAAAAAACUCUCUCUCUAGAUGCACAUUUAAAAUAAAUGAUUCUAUCUUUCUUAAAUUAAUUUAUCCAUAGUACCAAAAUAGUCCUUUGAAAUUAAAUAAGUUUAAUAAAAAUAAUUAUAAUUUAGAAUCUUAAAUGCCAAAACUGAGAGACACCCAUCAUCCUACAGCUCUGUUCGAAAGCUGAGGCGCUCCGCAGUCUGUCGAGGAGACCAGAGUUAUAUAGCAAAACCGUAAAAGAUGAUGUGUCAACUGCUGACCAUUUCUCAUGCCACCUUAGUGGAAUUAGUAUAUAAUAUAUUCUAACAAGGUAUAUUUAAGGAAAGCAAUCCAGUAACAUCUUAUAAUAAGGAUAGAUAUCUGCACGUCGAAUAGAUACCACGGUGGAACUUGUCAUGCUUUAUCUAAACUUGCUGACCCUUAAAUUAGUCUCGCCUUUACUAUAGUCGAGCUAUCUUAAAGAAAAUGAAUAUGAUUUCAAUUUUAGAAAACAGUGGAAACAAUAAAAACUCUCCUUAAUAAUUACCAUAACGAUACAGUCAUAGUAUUAUAUCAACUGUCCGGAAGUGGAUCUCCUUUAGGCAGUCUUUUUCCGGAAUUCAAUGUUUAUAUCAGUAUACUGACACUUGUUUCGUAAAGUAAUAUACAUAUUUUUUACAUGCUGUUCAAUUUUCGUGUCAAACAACUCUUUCUUUCUAUGAUUUGGUGUUGUUUGAUUUUUGUUUCUCAAGGCCUACUUCGAAACCUUAAUUUACAUAAAUUUAUAAAGCAGAAAAUGUGGAAGAUCGUCCCACACGACAAAAAUGAAAAUGUUGUAGGUUCUGCUCGUUUAGUCCUAUUCAUGGACGGUAAAGGAAAUGCAUGGCUCCGCCCUUAAUCUCUAGCCUAGGGUUUUAGCAGAACUCAAUACUAAUACAUCUAGUACCAGAAAUCAUUUUAGAGGCACCAUACGGCGGUUAACACAGUCACUUCAAUUUGGUGCAAUUCCAAGAAAAGCAGCGUAUUGUCCACAGUAAAAAUAUCGAACUUGCCCUAAAUGAGAAAACAUUUGACAGAACUAAACUAAAUGAAAUUUAGAAAGGGAAUCUGAGGAUAUGUAGCCUGCGUAUCACAGAAAGAAAAAACAAAAAAAAAAGCAGACAAGCAGAGUUUUCUGAAUUUUGCUCAUUUGUUGACUUCAACGAAUGUUUAAAAUGUAAUUAUUAAUAAAAAUUACAAGUCACGGUUUUAAUUUUCAAUUUAUUGCAUACGGUGAAAAAUGCAAUACUUCAACAUAUGCAAAAACGAAAUAAAAGCAAACUUUAAUAUACCUUAUAUUGACCUGAUUGUAGCAGUAUCAGUACGAUACACAUCUAAUAACCGAUACAUGCAAGCAGCUACAUUGUACUGUCAUUAUAUAUCAGCAUCUUCACAAUGGACCGCUGCAUGAUACACACGUGAAUCCAGUUAGAAAAGUCUGUAAAGUUCAAUUUCUCCGAAACCCACAAUAUGUCUUCCUUCACUGAAAUAGCUACGAUUUCUAUAUUGUCUUUACAUUCUCGACAUUGCGGCGGCAUACCCCGUUUUAGUUGCUUGCAUUCAUCACAAAGCUGUGCAUCCUUUUUGAACUUCUGGAAUUAUAGUUUGAAGCAGAUAUCCGUCAGGUGAUAUGCAGAGAAUUGAUCUUGUUUAUAUGUUAAGAACAAUACUUGAAUCGGUGUGAUCAAAACACACAUGUUUGGACCAGAAUAUGUUCUUGUCUUCCGGCGUAUGUUCUGCUACGGUCCGACCAUCCUUAUUGAGAAUGCACACUCCGUUGCACAUGCCACUCACGCAUAGUGAAUCAGAAUGCGUGUCAACAUCAAUACCAUGAGUAUGUCCUUGAUAAUCGCGUGCACCGGCAAAUGGAACCGGUGCACGCGAUGAAAAUAAAUCCGACAAAAU